AUGGGCAAAGCAUCUACUAAGCGCAAAGGCGCAUCGUCGUCCUCCUCUACUCCCUACGAACGCCCCUCCAAGAAGUCCGCCGGCGCCGCAGCCUCCAGCAAGAACAAUGUCUUCAAGUUCAAUACAAAUGUCGGCCAGCACAUCCUCAAGAACCCGGGUAUAGCAGACGCCAUCGUGGAGAAGGCCAACCUCAAGCCCACCGACACCGUCCUCGAGAUCGGCCCUGGAACGGGAAACAUCAGCGUGCGCAUACUGGAGCGGGCCAAGAAGCUGUACGCAGUCGAGUUGGAUCCGAGGAUGGCCGCAGAGAUCACCAAGCGUGUCAUGGGUACCCCCUCGCAGAAGAAACUCGAGGUCCUGCUGGGCGACGCUAUCAAGCUGGACUUCCCGCCUCACGACGUCUGCAUCUCCAACACCCCUUACCAAAUCUCCAGUCCCCUCGUCUUCAAGCUUCUCAGCAUGCCGAACCCGCCAAGAUGUUGUGUUCUCAUGUUCCAGAGAGAAUUCGCCCUCCGCCUAACAGCCCAACCGGGCGACGCCCUGUACAACCGACUCUCGGUGAACUCGCAGUUCUUCGCCAAGAUCACGCACAUCAUGAAGGUCGGCAAGCAGAACUUCAAGCCCCCGCCGCAGGUGGAGUCGUCGGUGGUGCGCAUCGAGCCGAAGCUCGGCAAGGACAGGCCGGCGGUCAGCUGGUCCGAGUUUGACGGCCUGCUGCGCAUCGUCUUCAGCCGCAAGAACAAGACGGUGCGCGCCAGCUUCAGCACCAAGGAGGUCCUGGCCAUGAUCGAGAAGAACUACCGCACCUGGUGCGCCAUCAACGACGUCCCCGUGGACGACAGCGAGGUCGAGGGCGGCGGCGGCGCCGCGGACGACGAUGAGGAGGACAUGGGCAUGGAUGUCGACGACAACGCCGGCCCCUCGGCCGGCGGCGACGACGACGAGUGGGGCGGCAUCAUGGACGUUGAUGGCGAGGAUGCCGGCGAUGACGACGUGCCCGCCUUCUUCAAGGAGCAGGCGGCCGCGGCGACGGCGGGCCAGAUCGCCAAGACCCCCAGCAGGAAGAAGAAGACCAAGGUCGCGGAGCUGGUGCGGGCCAAGGUGCAGCGGGUGCUCGAGAGCACGGAACUCGCUGACAUGCGCGCGGGGAAGCUGGGCGAGAAUGCGUUCCUGAGGCUGCUGUACGCUUUCAACAAGGAACACAUCCAUUUCGCAUAG